CUCUGCGAUCCGACUCAUCUGCCUGCGAGUGGAAAGGAAAGAAAGCCCGGGCUGCUGCUGUGGAACUCAGCAUUCGUACUCAAUACAGACGCUUUACAUUCUUCCAGGAGGAGCCACUACAUACUAAAGGCAGGCAAUGCCGUUUGGAUGUGUGACUUUAGGUGACAAGAAGGAUUACAAUCAUCCCACAGAAGUGAGCGACAGAUAUGACCUCGGGCAGCUUAUUAAAACGGAGGAGUUUUGUGAAGUUUUUCGAGCCAAAGAGAAAUCUUCGGGCAAGCUUUAUACCUGUAAGCGGUUUCUGAAGAGAGAUGGGCGCAAAGUACGGAAAGCGGCUAAGAAUGAGAUCAACAUCCUGAAAAUGGUUAAGCAUCAUAACAUCCUGCAACUGGUGGAUGUGUUUGAGACACGGAAGGAAUACUUUAUCUUCAUGGAACUGGCGUCAGGGCGUGAGGUUUUUGACUGGAUCCUAGAUCAAGGCUAUUAUUCGGAGAGGGACACAAGCAAUGUCAUCCGGCAAGUGUUGGAGGCUGUGGCCUACCUGCAUUCAUUGUGCAUUGUGCACCGAAAUCUGAAGCUUGAGAACCUCCUAUAUUUUAACCGUAUGAAGAAUUCAAAAAUAGUGAUCAGUGAUUUUCACUUGGCCAAAGUAGAGACCAGCAGUCUCAUUAAGGAGCCGUGCGGGACACCAGAAUAUCUGGCCCCUGAAGUGGUUGCACGGCAGAGGUAUGGGAGGCCUGUGGACUGUUGGGCGAUUGGAGUCAUCAUGUAUAUACUUCUGUCUGGAAACCCCCCGUUCUAUGAUGAGCUGGAAGAAGAGGACUACGAGAGCCAUGACAAAAAUUUGUUCCGGAAAAUUCUACAUGGGGAUUAUGAGUUCGACUCUCCCUACUGGGAUGAUAUAUCACCUGCAGCAAAAGAUCUAGUGACCCGUCUGAUGGAGGUGGAACAAGACCAGAGAGUGACAGCUGCAGAUGCCAUCAGCCAUGAAUGGAUUUCAGGAAAUGCAGCAUCGGAUAAGAACAUAAAGGAUGGAGUAUGUGCUCAGAUUGAGAAGAAUUUUGCUAAAGCCAAGUGGAAGAAAGCGGUGAGAGUAACCACCAUGAUGAAGCGUUUGAGAGCUCCUGAACAGACAGACCCGGGGACCCCUUCUCCCUCGAAGGACAGCGACAAGACACCCAGCAUGGCCACGCCUGCACCCUCUCCUGCCAAUACACCAGCUGGAGGUGCACCCUCUCUCCUUUGUCCUUCCCCAGACACCACAGGCUGAGCAGCUGAGGGAAUAGAGUGGCUGAACCCCCACGGCCUCACUGACUGCAGAUAAAAUACCUUCAACCACCCCUCUCCCUCCAAUGUGAGGGCCUUUUUGCAGAUUCAUAACAUCAACCCUUUCACUGCCAAAUGGGCCUGCAAUAAGUUGCACACCCCUUUGGCCACACAAGGGUUUACUCUUAUAAUUGCUAAGAACAAGCUGUAGCACUUUCUUUGCGUAGCUCCAUGAACCUUCUGCUGCUGCAGCCGACUAUUUCUUUUUCUCUCUCCAUUUCCUAGUGGCUAGAAAGAUUAGGCAAGCUGUUAGACAAAUCUGAUUUCUCCUCAUUGCCAUGUUGCUAGCUCCAUCUGCAGAGCAUUUCUCCAUCGCUCCUCCUCACCUUCUCUAGACCUGGGAUCUUUCCCCUUGUACAUGUUCCCCAGCAGGAAGGUUUAUAUUAUCAGUCCCUCUCCCUGCGUUCUUUCCUAAACUGUUUAUUCACACCUGCCUGGGGCAGCUGAUUCAGGCCACCUGCCCCCUCCUCUUUAGUCUCUCUAGUGGGAUCGGAGGGGGCAUGUAAUGUACAGACCUUGACCCUGUGUUUUGUAUGCUUUACUAUGAAUAAACUUGCUGCUUCUCCCAG